UUUGAUAACCAGCAGAUAUAACCAGUACAGUACACAGUGUAUUGGAGAAAAGCCUACCAAGAUACUCGCUUCCUAGCGUACCCUUCAGAGAGAAAGAGCCGUUCAAAGACUCCAGCCAGCUAUAAAUCACAAGAUCUGCCUUGAUAUUCACUGGCAUUUUCCUCUAAGAGACUAUGGACAAGCAGCUACUCCUCUCAGCCCUCCUACUCUCCUCAUUGGCCUGUGUGUGGGCAGGUGCACCGAGAUGCAACAGUCCAGUUGCUCCUGAUUCAAACCUGCCAGCUGUCCGUAAUGUUAACAUCCUCGACACGUUUUCCUCCUUCACUGAGUACUUCACCAGACGUGAUACUGUAUUUGAUGGACAAGAGUGGAUGUUUCAGGAAGCUGAUUGCCCCUAUAGUGCUGUUGCUUGCACGCAAGCGGCUGGACAAGACAAUUGGAUAGUUACCCAGCGCAUGCAACAAAAUAAUCUCACCUCUAUUCAAGUCCUCAUCGACUUCACAACUAACUGCACCACUGUCUCUCCCUGUGACCCAAGUGCCCUGGGGCUGUAUAUUCUACGAACUGCAGAACCUGUCUUAAACUUAGCGGCUUAUGAUGUUGUUUCGAUGCCCAUCCUAAACAAUGUUUCGAUUGAAAUACCACUGACUGGACUGACUGACGGCAGCUAUGCACUAGGCAUCAGAGACAAUGGUACCUGCGUCACCCUAAAUAGAGUGCAGGUGUACUAUUCCGUAUGUGAAGUACCGUAUUCUACUAUCGAGGAUACUGGACUAGUCUUUGAGGGCAGUGUUACUGUGAGCUGUGUCCCCAACACUGUGUCUGCUAGCGUACCCACUACCUGCUCGGCAGGGGGCGUGUUGAGUCCUUUGACCCCGUGCGAGUGUAUGGCUGGAUUCAGUGGAGCUGACGGCAUGAACUGUGUUGCCUGCACUAUGGGCUCGUACAAGUCCAUGCCUGGCAGUAGUGACUGUCUCACUUGUCCGAUGUUCAGUGAGGCCACCUCCACUGAGAGCAGUAUGUGCAGCUGUGUGGCUGGACACAGUAGAGCCAACCCUAGUGACGUCGCUACUGACUGUGACACGUGUGCUUCAGGCUACUUCAUGAGUGAUGUUGCCGAGACCCUGGGUCAGUGUCUACUGUGUCCAACUGGCAGUACCAGUCCGGGGGGCUCCCAAUCAAGCUGCACCUGUGACGCUGGUCUGGUUACUUCUGCACAACAGACCACCACCACCAUUGAUGUGUGUGGUACAUGUGCCACCAACUAUUACAGACCCUCCUCCGGUGCCUGUGUCAUGUGCCCGGCCAAUAGUGAGAGGAUGGUUGGUAGCGAUGAGGCUAGCUGCAGCUGCACAGGAGGGAGGACCACCACUCCACGAGGGACCACCACCACCAGUGGAGCCGCCUGCAAUAGUUGUGCUCUGUCAUAUUAUAGUAGCGGUGGUGUGGAUUGUUCGAUGUGCCCUAGCAACAGUGAGCAGUCCAGUAGCAACUCAGCCGAGUGCUCAUGCUUGGAUAACCGUGUAACUGCAGAUGGAGGCACCACCACAACUUCUCAAGGAUGCGAUGGUUGUGCGACAACUCAUUAUUUGAAUUCUGGCGACUGUUCGCCAUGUCCUCAGUUCAGUACAGUUAGCGAUGUUUCCACCUGUCAGUGUCGAAAUAACUACGCCUUCGAUGAUGGUACUCUGACGUCUACUAGUGCUGUCUGUGUCGUUAUCCUGGGUUUCACUACCAACUAUCUAGCCAUAGCGGAAGGCACUACCACAGAAAAUAUAGGUGUGUCAGUACGAGCUGGAGGCAGCAUCACCAUGAAUAUAAAUUUCCAGUCUACCCGCCCCUCGAAUGAUUAUCCUUUUGAUGUAGAGAGUAGUAUCAUGUUCAACAAUGCUAAUGAGGCAAUGUCACCCAUAAACAUAGUGGGCAACCAGUUGGCUUUGGACUCCUACCCCUUCAACUACACAUUCAUCAUAGCAACAACCAUGGGUAGCUACAGUGCUGGUGGGGUAAUAGAUGGAAAUGUACAAGUGUACAGUCAACUGGUCGUCACAAUAAUGGAUGAUGACAAUGUGAGGGUUGGGUUCACUCUAUCAAGUGUCCAGUUCAACGAGACCCAGGGAAAGGGCAUGGUGACAGUGUCUAAAAUAGGUGGGACCAGCUCUCCCCUCACACUCAGGAUAACCACUUCUGGUGAAACCAGCGCUAUCAAUGUGUCCACUGUAAUUGAGUUCUCGUCAAGUGCUGAAGAUGCUGUACUUGAUGUUAUGUUCGACAUCCUUGAUGACAAUUCUGGUAGUGUUGCAACACGCUCCACUAUGUUGACAUUGGAGUUUGUGGGACCCUCUGGAUUCGAGGGUAAUGUGCUGUUCGACGGGCCAAACCUGUCUAGUACCAUCACCGUGGACAUAAACAAUGAUGAUCCUACUCCCACCUCCACCCCCGCCGCCUCCCUUGACGAGUCAUUGAUCAUCGGUAUCUGUGUAGGUGCAGCACUUGUGGCAUUACUGAUAUUCAUGAUAGUCAUCGUCAUUGUGUGUAUCUGCCGUCUUCGCUCGAUCAACCGUCAAGGAUUCUAUACCACCCAUGAAGAUCAGACCAAAGAGCCCCCCACGAUGUUACGCUACAGUGCCUCGCUCAGAUCUAUCUCAUCACAAACUGUGGUACCCGUGGAAAACACCCAAGGCACUGUCGCCAAAGAGAAUGAGUUCUAUGUCUAGUACUCGGACAAUUAGGUUGUCUUCCAGUAGCGUCCAUUUUCAACUUACUUAUCUUCUUGUACGGUUCUCUGUACAUAUUUUAUUACCAUUAUCAUGUUAUUUUUUGGAUCGGUCUCAUUCUGUAUAUAUAAUAGUUUGGACUGCACUAGAUCUAGGACUUUCAAUCUUUGUUCAUAUACAUGAAUGUAAGUAAGCUAGUAAUUAUUUUAUUAACCUCAAAUGUUGCUUGUUCUAAUAGGCAUCGCUAUAAUUUUGUACACGUUAUGAUAUGUAUGUCAUUUUGUCCUUAUUAAACACAUUGCUGAAGCAUUACACAUGAUAUUGUUUAAAAAUGAA